AUGCGCACCACAGCUAUCCAACACAGUACAUCGUCGCAAUCUCGCUCUAAUUUGAUUUGGGUACUGACAGCCAUCCUCCUAUACGAUUAUGCCCUCACCUUUUGCGACGAAGUAAACUGGAUCUGGAAGGGCUCGAAUAAGCUCACGCUUAUCACCAUCCUGUUCGUCCUCCACCGGUACUUUUCGAUUCUCCUGGCCCCGGCGCUGGUAGUGCAGUACUUUUGGGGGAGUGCAGACCCUGGGAGAGUGCUGUGGGGCCUGGUGACAGCGCCUUCCCUGGCCUACCGCGAGAGCCAACUUCCACCUAGGGGGUGUAUACUACCCAUAUCUUUAGAGUCCAUCCAAAGUUUUAUGCCUGCCAUCCUCCUUGGGAUGUCAGCGGAAGUCGUCGUCUUCGUCCUCACAUUGUACAAAUCCAUUCAGAUCAUCCAGAAGGAGAAUUCGGUAGUGCUGAGGAUUCUCCUGAGGGAUGGUGCUUUGUACUUUGGGGUUGUCAUGCUCGCCAACAUGGCUGUCAUUGUAUCCUACUACGCUUUCGACGUGAGCGGCCCUCUCUUCGUUCUUCUCCCCUGGAUCACCCGCGCUGACGCUUCGCAGGAUUACUCAAGAGGAAACGUCGUAACUCUGACGAACAGCCUCUACGCUACCCUCGUCUCGCGCCUAAUCCUGAACCUCCGCGACCCGGCCCUCUCAUCCGACAUCCAUUUCCGACUAUAUCCCUUCAACUACUACGCAGGUUCCAGGAUAAUCCGAAGAGGGCGAGGUCAGACGGCCACUGGGGAUAUUUUCACAAGCGUGAUUAUGACGUAUGAUGGCGGCACAGGCGACGGAAGCACGCCCAACGAAGAAGAGGAAGGGUGUAGCUGUAGUGUGUGUCAGGAAAGCUUCGAGGAGUACAGUGGAUACCCGAGCACCAGCCUUGGAAGAUCCGGAGCGUAUUCAGGAGACUCUGACGCAAGGAGUAUGGCCUCCAUGGAGAGCAGUCUUUCGAUGCAAAAGGAGCGGUAUUGCUAUGCCGUGUAG